UAUAACCGAGUAAGCAUUAUUUAUGUAUAUCAACAGCAUAAUACAAUAAAAAUGUCAUUCAGGAGUUUCUCAAUCAAGUUUAUGAGCUUCAUCACAAGCACUAUUCUAUUAUCAGGAGCUGCUAACGGUUCAGCAGGGACUCCGCAAACCUUCGUAAUGACAAACCUCAACGUCAAAAAUGUCUUGCGAGAAUUUGUCUAUCACAUGAAUGCCACGGAGCAGGAACGCGCUAAUUACUUGCAAAACAAGAUGACUCUGUUCGACUUCACAACUAUAACCAAUUUAGACAAUUGGAAUGAAUUAUCGGAUACUGUAAGAACUGUGGGAAAAUCGAAGGCGACCUUGGUCUUGCAAACAACCCAAGUGUUCCAGCGAGCAAUUUUUUUCACGUUAUUAAAUCCGCAACCAAAUGGUGCUGGCUUUGCCGGCGUUAGAACGCCAGUAGAUUUCGAUCUGUCAGCAUACAAAAAUAUCACGAUAACAUGUAGGGCUCAAGGAAACAAUAACAAUUAUAAGGUUGUGCUGAGACACAGGAAUUUAACUUCCAACGAAGAUCCGACCUACGAAAAAUUCUUCACAGUUCCCAUAUCUAACGAGGAAUUUUACACCAUCGAUGUACCCUUAGCGGACUUCAAAGCGUACUACCGUGGUCAGGAAUUACCUGAUGCUGAGCCAUUGGAUACCACAAAUAUAACGAUGUUUGGCUUGCAAAUAUAUGGCGGAGUUUAUCUACCCAUUAAGCAAAGCGGUGUCUCGUCCUUGGAGAUAGAUACUAUUAGUGCUACCUCAUAGAUAGAAGGCCUAUUUUGUGCCUCGCUCAUAAAAUCUCUUCGAUCUAGCAGAUGUUACAAUUUAUACGACGAAAUUCAUUCGAUCAUAGUUUAACGACGAAGCGCUAAAGCUGCUGUGAACUUCACCGACUCGAACCAUUAUUUGUUUUAACUUGAAAAUUCUGAACCAUUUUCAUGGGAUCGUCAAAUCCAUUAACUGAAAUGCCUCGAAUUUCAUCCUUGCAUUGGUACACUAUAGUUCUGGGUGAAGAACGCUCUAUUCAAUAUUUUACGAGCAUAAAAUUCGGUACAAAAGCGUGUACAUAGAGAAACAAAACUUCAUAGAACCACGUAACAAUGAAUUAAUGGUUCAUCUUGUGAAACUUUAUAAUCCUGAUCAAAGUAGUAAUCAGUCCCUGCGGUUGACAGUUGAGAACAUUUUUAGAUUUGAUUACGAUUUCACGAACAUAUCUGAUUUUCUACCAAAUGUAUUGUCUAUCUAUUCUUAGUACUAAUUUUGUAAGUAAGUUAUUGCUAAGCAAAAAUGUAAAGGUCGUUUAAUAAAUGCCGCGUUGUAACCGGA